GUUGCAACGCCAAUUCAGUUCCUGACCGUUGUGUUACAAGACAAACAUACUCUUCGUUUUGAUAGACGUUUUAUUUGACAUACAAAAUGUGUGGGGAAAUGGGCAAAGCUGUACUUCGAGCGCUGACUGGAGCCUUACUUUGUGGAUUGGUUUCUGAUGCAGCGUAUUUACAACAAUACGAGCCUUAUGAUGUCCAGUACCAACAAGCGCUGUACCGCAAACCGUUAAGAGAACACGAGAAGCCACAGGAUCUCCGCAACGUGCCAGGAGUGCCCGGGGUGGAUUAUCCCAUCUACCAUCAGGUUCCUGACACCAGCUUCUCAUGUGCUCACGUUCCCGUUCAUCCAGGAAUGUACGCUAAUGUCGAGACUGGAUGCCAGGCGUACCACGUCUGCCACGAUGGUCGCGAGGGUCAUCAGGGUGCGUCGUUCCUGUGCACCAACGGGACACUAUUCGAUCAGACCAAGUUCGCCUGCGAUUGGUGGUACAACGUGGAUUGUUCUCAAGCUGUCCAGCAUUACAAGUUAAACGCCGAUCCGUUGAAAAACCCAUACGUGCCAAAACCGAAGCCCGAGGAACAAGAAUACGCGCAAGGAAUAUACUAUAAGAAUGUAUAGACUCACUCCAUAUUAAUGUAUCCUAUUAAUGAUAUUUUAAACCUUACAUGAGUUGAAAUAAAGUCGCGUCGAAGAAUACGCGAAAAUAUAUUUUAGGAACCUGUAGAAGUUCAUUCCAUAAUUAUCAUAAUUAUCAUUACAGCCACCUAUCAUUCAUUACUGAAUUUAGGUCUCUUUCAUAUUUCGUCACAAAGUAGAAUCCUGCGCCACUUAAUAAAUAGCAAAUCGAUUUUUUAAUAUUUAUUUAUUUUUUAAUUAAAAAGAUUUACGUCUCAUUCACAUUGCAUUAUAGGAUUAAAUAGAUUUUUUGGUAAUUAAAAAAAAAUGAAGGAUAUUAAAUUAGCUUUAUUUAUUAUUUUAUUUAAUUUUUUUUUAUUAUAACUCAUUCCAAUAACUUUUUUGUAGCACGUUUGCUGAUUUUACACUAUUAUACUGAUUAUCUAUUUAGUUUUAGUGUUUAUUGUGAUAAUUUUUUUAAUUAUAAUGCGUUUUUAUAAAAACUAUAUAUUUUUUAUUGCGUUCCGUAUAACGCAGCAUUGCAUUGUAUAAUAGAUUAACAACAAUAUUUCAAUGUCUAAGCACAGUGUAAGGAUAACCAGUAGACAAUCUUUUGCUAUGGUCCGGACGAUUAUUUAACUAUACGCAUUUCUUUAUUUAGACGUCUUCGUCGGAUCAAAGAGUUAUUUAUACUGUGACGUAACAAUAUAUAAUAUAUAAUACACACCUGCAAUGCCGCUGGUGUUGUGGGUGAUCAUGGGCGGCGGUAGUCACUUACCAUCAGGUGAGCCGCAUGCUCGUUUGCCCCCUGUGUUGUAAAAAAAUAUAUAUAUAUGUUUAAGAUAUAUUUAUUAUUAUUUUUUUUCUGUCUAUAAAAUACUUGUGUAUCUCACUUACAUGCGAUUGUUAAUAAGUUGUAUGAUACACGAUAUAAGUAUUUUCAAUAGACUUCAAAACAGGUGGAGGUUUACAAUCCAGUUAUUUAUUUUUAUAUUUGUUAUCUUGUGUUUCUGUCAUUUAGGUAUAAAUUGUUUUGACAAAUUCUUUUUUUUUUUUAUCUGAAAGGAUCCAAUUUAAGAUUAAUAUCGUAGAUAUAUUAUUAAAAUCAUAUCAGUAAUUUACUUUUUAUAUUGUAAUUAUGUAUGAUAAUGAUCAAAAUGAUUGAAUUUGGUUUUUUAACAUAUUUCAAAAAGAAGGAAGUUCUUUGUUUGUUUUUAUGUUUGUUACGUGAUAAAAAUGUUUGGCGGACGUAGUACUAUAUAGCAUUCACCAGUCAAUCUUUGGCAAAAUAGAAAUGCAAUUUU